CCACCAACUGCUGAUUCUGAAGAGAUGGUGUCCCCAAAACCCCAUGAUGAUAACCAGCAGGAACCCACACAGGAAGAGCCUGAGACACGCCUCCUGAGCACGACAACCCGGAGAGGCCCACGAAGCUUACCUCCAAUUCCUGCAGCUUCCAGAACAGGCUUUGCAGAAUUUUCCAUGAGGGAACGCAUGAGGGAGAAAUUACAAGCUGCAAGGUCCAAAGCGGAAAGUGCUUUACUACAGGAAAUUCCCACUCCGCGACCCAGGCGCUUGCGAAGUCCCAGUGAGAAAGAAUCGGAGACUGAGUUUGGCAUGGAGCCAGGUAAAGAGGUGUUAAGGGUUCAACAGGAAAAUGACUCCCAAAGUUAUUCAAGAGUAAAGUUCCGUGAUUCUGCACGAAAAAGCAAGUCUAAACCCCCGGUUCCGCCUGGCUUCCCUUCUGCAGAAGAGGCCUAUAACUUCUUUACUUUCAACUUUGACCCUGAACCGGAAGAACCAGAGGAAAAACCAAAUGCAAAAGUUAGAGACGAAGUUAAUCAAGAGGAAGAGGAAGGGGACGAAGAAGAACCACCUGUGCAAGAAGAAAUAAAGAAAACGGACGAAGAGGGGCUGCUCAAUGGUAAAGACGCCGAAGACUUCCUGUUGGGCUUAGAUCAUAUGGCUGAGGAUUUUGUGGUGGUCAGACCUGCAGAUUAUGAAAGCCUUCAUGUUCAAAUGCAGAUGGAAAAAGGAAUCCUGUUCAUACCCAGCAGUCUGACAGUUCCUACCUAUAAAAAGCUUCCCGAGAACGUGCAGCCCAGAUUCCUGGAAGAUGAAGGCCUUUACAUUGGGGAGAGGCCAGAGGUGCCCCGCACAAACCAGAACAUCAUGGAGAACAGAUUGCUGACGCAGGAGCCCGGGAGGGGGUGGUUUGGAGAUGACGGCAGAAUCCUGGCACUGCCAAACCCCGUCAAGCCAUUUCCAGCAAGAUCACCAGCGCUAAAACAGGAGCAGAAUAUUAAGGCAGAGCUGGAAAUGGUAUAUAAAAAGGCGGUAAAAUAUGUCAGCAAUAGUCCGCAUAUGAUUGGAGCUGGAGACCCUCCUGGCAAUUUCCAAUUGGACAUUGACAUUGUAGGGUUAAUAUUCACUCACCACCCCUGCUUCAGCCGAGAGCAUGUUUUGGCAGCCAAGCUGGCUCAAUUAUAUGAUCAGCACCUUGCAAGACGUCAGAGAAACAAGGCAAAGUUUCUUACCGAUAAGCUCCAAGCCCUGAGAAAUGCUGUUCAGACUGGCCUUAAUCCUGCAAAACCUCACAAGUCUCUUGACAUAGCCCAAAGGGCCAUCAAAGAGUAUAAGUCUGAAAUUCGGCAAACAAGAAAACUACGUGACGCAGAACAAGAAAAAGAUCGAACAUUGCUUAAGGCCAUCAUAAAAGUCUGGAAAGAGAUGAAAUCCCUUCGAGAGUUUCAGAGGUUUACAAAUACACCAUUGAAACUUGUCCUGAGAAAGGAAAAGGUUGACCAGAAAGCAGAUGAAGAAGCAUAUGAAGCAGAAAUCCAAGCUGAAAUAAGAGAAUUGUUGGAAGAGCACAUGGAAGACUAUGAACAGAAGAUGGAAGAGUACAGAAGGGCACAUCAGCAGUGGAAAGCCUGGAAGAAAGCCCAGAGGGCCAAGAAGAAAAAAAAGAAACAAACAGCAGAAGAACACCCCGAUGAGGAGACCGAGGAGCCGUGUCCUGGGGAGGAUCCUGUGAAACCCGUGCCUCCAGAGCUCACUGAUCAGGCAGUGAUAGAGGAACAGGUGAGGGAGAGAGCUGCCCAGAGCAGGAGGAAGCCUGGGGAGCCCAUGCUGGUCCCGGAGCUAAGCCUGGCGGGGACCAUGACACCCAACGACCAGUGUCCCAGGGUGGAGGUCUUGAGACGAGAGGACGUGAAGAGGCGCUCGGUGCACUUAAAGGUGCUCUUCAACAAGAAGGAGGUGUCCAGGACAGUCAGCCGGCCACUAGGGGCAGACUUCCGAGUUCACUUUGGACAGAUUUUCAAUUUGCAAAUAUUCAACUGGCCAGAGAGCUUAACACUUCAGGUAUACGAGACAGUCGGACACAGUGGUACCACCUUGCUAGCAGAAGUGUUUCUGCCUAUCCCUGAAACUACCGUUGUCAGUGGAAGGGCUCCCAUUGAAGAAGUUGAGUUUAGCAGUAAUCAGCAUGUGACACUGGACCACGAGGGUGUUGGAAGUGGAGUGCCCUUCUCAUUUGAAGCCGAUGGUAGUAAUCAACUGAUUCUAAUGACCUCCGGGAAAGUGUCCAACAGUGUGGCAUGGGCUACUGGAGAAAAUGGCGUACCUUUAAUUCCUCCAUUGUCACAGCAGAACACUGGAUUUCGAAGUGCUUUGAAGAGAGCAGAUGCCAUCUCGUCUAUUGGCACAUCAGGACUGACGGACAUGAAAAAGUUGGCCAAAUGGGCAGCCGAGUCCAAACUCGACCCAAAUGACCCCAACAACGCCCCUUUGAUGCAGUUGAUCUCGGUUGCUACCAGCGGUGAAUCCUAUGUCCCUGAUUUCUUUCGACUGGAACAGCUGCAACAGGAAUUUAACUUUGUUUCAGACGAGGAGUUAAAUAGAUCCAAACGAUUUAGACUUCUUCAUCUUAGAAGUCAAGCGGUACCAGAGUUCCGAAAUUAUAAGCAAAUUCCAGCAUAUGACCGCGAAAUUAUGGAAAAAGUAUUCCAGGACUAUGAGAAACGGUUACGAGACAGAAAGGUAAUUGAAACCAAGGAUCACAUAGACACCCAUAGAGCUGUAGUAGCCAAGUACCUCCAGCAGGUUAGAGAAUCCGUGGUCCAUCGUUUCCAAAUUGCAAAACACCACUUUCUUCUUUCUGAUUUGAUAGUAGAAGAGGAAGUUCCCAAUAUCAGCAUUUUGGGCCUAAGCCUUUUCAAGCUGGCAGAACAAAAGCGACCACUGAGGCCAAGGAGAAAAGGACGGAAGAAGGUGACAGCCCAAAACCUGUCUGAUGGAGACAUAAAGCUGCUGGUGAACAUCAUCCGGGCCUAUGAUAUCCCCGUGAGGAAGCCAACAGCAAGCAAAUUCCAGCAGCCAUCGAGGUCUUCAAGGACUGUCAGUGAAAAGCAUGCCGCUUCCCCAACCACCCACAGCCCAGCCCACGGAGCGGACUACCCCUUGAGCCAGGUUUUAGUGCGUCCUUUUGUAGAAGUUUCUUUUCAACGAACUAUUUGCCACACGACGACGGCUGAAGGACCUAACCCCAGCUGGAAUGAAGAACUUGAACUUCCAUUUAGAGCCCCUAAUGGAGAUUAUAGCACGGCCAGUUUGCAGUCAGUGAAAGAUGACGUGUUCAUUAACAUUUUUGAUGAGGUGCUAUAUGAUGUCUUAGAGGAUGACCGUGAAAGAGGAAGUGGAAUCCAUACCCGUAUUGAGAGACACUGGUUGGGAUGUGUGAAAAUUCCAUUUAGCACGAUAUAUUUCCAAGCACGGAUUGAUGGAACGUUUAAAAUAGACAUUCCUCCUGUUCUUCUGGGCUACAGUAAGGAACGAAACAUUAUCGAGCGGGGUUUUGAUCCUGUCCGAAGCCUAAGUGAAGGCUCCUACAUCACCCUGUUCAUUACCAUUGAGCCUCAGCUGGUUCCUGGAGAGUCAGUUCGGGAAAAGUUUGAUUCUCAGGAAGAUGAGAAAUUGCUCCAAGCAACAGAGAAGUUUCAAGCUGAAUGUGCCUUAAAGUUUCCAAAUCGUCAAUGUCUUACAACUGUAAUUGACAUAAGCGGAAAAACCGUUUUUAUUACACGUUAUCUCAAGCCUUUAAACCCGCCUCAGGAACUCCUCAACGUCUACCCCAGUAAUUCCCAGGCAACUGCAGAACUGGUGGCUCGGUAUGUGUCUUUGAUUCCCUUCUUGCCUGACACUGUUUCAUUUGCUGGUAUCUGUGACCUGUGGAGCACGUCUGAUCAAUUUCUUGAUCUCCUGGCAGGGGACGAAGAAGAGCAUGCAGUACUGCUGUGUAACUAUUUCCUGUUCCUGGGUAAAAAGGCCUGGCUCAUGAUGGGCAAUGCUAUUCCUGAGGGUCCAACUGCCUACGUGUUAACAUGGGAGCAAAGUCAUUACUUAAUAUGGAAUCCCUGCAGUGGACAUUUUUAUGGACAAUUCGAUACAUUCUGUCCCUUAAAAAGUGUGGGCUGUUUAAUAGGACCUGAUAAUAUUUGGUUUAAUAUUCAACGAUAUGAUUCCCCUCUAAGGAUAAAUUUUGAUGUCACCAAGCCCAAGCUAUGGAAAUCUUUCUUUUCAAGAAGCCUACCAUACCCUGGCCUUUCCAGUGUUCAGCCGGAAGAGCUAAUUUACCAGGGCACCGAUAAAAUGGCUGCAGCUGAGCUCCAAGACAGGAUUGAAAAAAUACUGAAAGAGAAAAUCAUGGACUGGAGGCCACGCCAUCUGACUCGGUGGAAUAGGUACUGCACCUCCACUCUGCGUCACUUCUUGCCUCUGUUAGAAAGAAGCCAAGGGGAAGAUGUAGAAGACGACCACGGAGCAGAGCUGCUGAAACAGCUAGGAGACUACAGGUUCUCUGGAUUUCCCCUUCAUAUGCCCUAUUCUGAAAUGAAGCCUUUAAUUGAAGCUGUGUAUAGUACUGGAGUACACAACAUUGAUGUACCUAACGUUGAAUUUGCUUUAGCUGUAUAUAUCCACCCAUAUCCCAAAAACGUUUUGUCUGUUUGGAUCUAUGUUGCCUCCCUUAUACGCAACAGGUAA